AUGACCUUUGCCCUAGCUCAACACCCUUUUGGAGGUGAGGUCGUAGAUGUGACAAUUAUCUCAGUCAGCCUUGAGCAGCCCAAUUCCACAAGUUGUGUCGACCGUUCGGGUCUGAAGCUUGCCACUGGCGCACAACAAGAGUUGAAAGUAUGGAAAUAUAUAGCUCAAGAUCAUCUUCAGCAUAUUAAUGAUUUAUCCCCUCCAGGAGCUGUGAGUUUGACUGCACAGGAGCCGACUUUUGUGACUUCGCUGCAUUGGCUUCAUUCCGGUGAUGAUGCAGGUUGUUUGCUGGCGACCUACUUAUACCAGGGAAUCAUCUGUCGUGAACCUGAAUCCGGUGAAACACGCUGGGCCAUUCCCCUUCGGUCGCUAAUAGGACAUGCUGACCUGUCUCCUGAUGAAACCUGGAUCACCAUCUUCAACCAGCAUAAUGGUAUUGAUGUAUACAAGAUCCCUGGCGCUAUAUGGUUGACAUCAUAUCACUUCACAAUUCGAGACAAUGUCAUCCUACCUGUUUACUGGAUCGAUGAAGGUCUUAGACUGAUGGCGGGCAGCGACAGUGGAACAGUCUGUGUAUGGAAUGUGAAAAAUGACUCACGGCUUCCAUUUCUGUUGCAUGGUACUGCUGAAACUGGCCCAAGGACAUCAAUACACCUUUUUGAGACCAAGGAGCUAAGAGAGGCCGGCACAUUACGAAACCUGCAGGUAGCCCACAAAUUGCAUUAUCGGAUGUCAAGUUUGACGUCUUGGAUUAUGGAAUGGGAAGCACAGUGGUAA